AUGCUUGAGACUCUGAGCGGGAUCUUGGGACUCCUGAGGUUAUCAACUCCAGACGUGGACUCGCAGGUCAAAUUAAGGAUCAUGCCACUCGGAGACAGCAUCACAGCCUUCACAUGCUGGCGCACCCUCCUCUGGGACACCCUGCGUGAUGCGCAUGCCACAGGCGGAAUCGAGUUCGUCGGCUCCACGGACAGCAAUACAGAAGCCUGCGUCAGUACCGGCGUCUGGGAUCAUCACCACGAAGGCCAUGGGGGGUUCACGGCCGUCGACAUCGCGGCCAACAAUCUGGUGGGUUGGCUGGCUGCUGCGAAGCCGGAUGUUGUUAUGUUCAUGCUGGGUACGAAUGAUAUAACUCACCGCCAUAAUAUGUCUGUGAUUAUCGAUGCGUAUACCGAGAUGGUUGGCCAGAUGCGCGAUAGUAAUGAGGGUAUGAGAAUUAUCGUUGAUCUACUUAUUCCUCUCUCUGGCAACAACGCCGGUGUCGUAGCCUUGAAUGAGUUGAUUCUUCCGUGGGCCAAGGCGCUGAAUUCCACGGAUUCUCCUAUCUAUAUCGCUGAUAUGAACACGGGAUUCGCGGACAGUGAUGAGAGGGAUGGUAUUCAUCCGAAUGCUGAGGGAGAUCGGAAGAUUUCUGGUCGCUUGUACCCGAUUCUGCUACAAAUCAUUAAGCAAAAUGGCGAGGCUAGCAAUGCUUUGGAGUAUCUUGCAGGGUAUAUUAAUGGGGUCCUUGAUGAAGAUGGAGAUGGAGAUUUUGAUGGGGGUGAAGAUGAAGAUGAAGAUGAAUAUGACGAUUGA